AUGAGCGGCGGCGCGGCUGCUGCUCCGCUCAGCGCGGACGAGCUCAUUUCGGCGGUCAACGAGUUUUACGCGACGUUCGACGAGCAGAGAAGGCACGAAAUCGAUCAGGUGUUGUGCCGCUUCAAAAGUGGUACGUGUUUAGAGUUUUUGGCAUUCCUCUGCAAAUCUUUUUUUUUCCUUCAGACUUUGACUGCUUUUUAACCGUAGGCACAUGUAUGCGGAUGAUUCGAGAGUCGAACAAUAAUCCCAGUGUUAGGUGGGAGAAAAUUUGAAAUGGCUUAUCGAAUUUCACAAAUUUUUUGCAGAUAUUUCGGCGCCGUUUCACUGUACGACGUGAUUCGAAUACGAAGUGCCGAGUGCAUUGCCAACGAGACUUUGGUAUUUGGACUCGAACAUUUUUUGAAGAUAAACAUGCAAACAUUGCAGCAAAUAAGCAUAAAAACAUUUUUAAUCGAUAGUCUAACGUCUGGAGCUUACGCCGAAACGACGUCGGUUUUGAACAAGGUAAUUCGAUUUUUUUGUUCACGAAAACUGACACCAUACGGAGGUUCUGAAGAUUUGAAAUCGCCGCACAGUGUAAGCAAUUCCUAAUUAAACGUUUCCGCGCGGACAUUACCGGACAGUUGAGCUGACAAUGGGCGCAAGUGCGCCCCGCCCAAUAGAGCGGCGCUAAAUUAAAAUUUUAACUGCAAAAUUUGUGUUUUUUGCCAGGAUAGCCACGAAAAAUCGAUAGCUCUGGAGACUGUGUUUUGCCGAAAAGUUCGCUUAAAAAUUGCUUAAACUCGGGCACACUUUAAGCAACGUUUAAGCAGACUCUAAGCAAAGUCUAAGAAACUUUAAAUUGUGCUUCAAAUGCUGCUGAUUACGGAGAAACACUCGUUAACAUUCAUUCUGAUUUCAGUUGUCUGCGACUCUGGCUCUGUUCGCUCUCUACUGCGUACCGGAUUUAUGGCAGACACCCGUUCAGGACCUCACUCCGCUCCUCGCCGCAACUCCCGAAAUUCUGCUCAAGUGAGAAAUGCAAUUAUGACUCUUAGAGUGAUGGACUCGUUUCUAAACAGCAAUAUCCUCUAGAAUAGAGCGACGAAAAGUUUCCCUCCGUUAAUUAAAAAAAAAUGGGUUCAACAGCAGUGACACAUUUGCAGAGUGCUCUCCGAUAUGGCCGCCGAAUUUGCGCACGUCCAAAUGCCGCUGACGCAGAGGUGUACGCUGAAAAUAAAAUUGCACGAGUUCUCGGAGGUAAGCGUUGUACGAAAUUAGAACAGCUUUGACCACUUGUUGGGCAUUUGCUUCCCGUUGCCUAAGAAAUUGCUUAGCGACCAAACGCGAGGCGAGACAAAUACCAUUUGGGUUGACCAGAUUUUUUCUCUGCUUCAAGCACAAAUCCGCCCAGGCUUGUCGUUGACUUUUUUUUCUAAUGUAAACAUCAGAGAUGUUGGGAAUUCCGUGUUCCGUGUUCCGUGUUCCGCGUUUUUUUCAAUAUUUUUUCCGUGUUCCGUUUUCCGUAAAAAAAAAUUUCCGUGUUCCGUGUUCCGUAGAAAUAAGUUUUUUUUUGUUUUCCGUGUUCCGUAUAAACUAUAUUUUCCGCGGAAAAAUUCGAUCACAAGUGGAUUCCAUUUUCAGUCGUUUUUUACUGUAGUUGUUUACUGUUGUGUUGUUGGUUUUGUUAUUUUUAUGAAAUUUUCAGUAAAACUUUCACAUGAGUCAAACAGCUGCCUUGUCAGUCAGAUAAUCGAAUUAAACAAAACAUUAUUUUUAAAAAAAUCACUGGAAUUCUCUUGAAAACGCUUUUUUCCGUGUUCCGUAAAAAAAAAAUUUUCCGUGUUCCGUGUUCCGUAGAAAUAAGUUUUUUCCGUUUUCCGUGUUCCGUGUUCCGUAAAAAAAAAAUUUUCCGUUUUCCGUGUUCCGUGUUCCGUAGAGUAAAAUUUUUAUUCCCAACAUCUCUGGUAAACAUAUAAAAGCUCAACUUUUGAGACAUACUGUUCUAGUUGAAGUUAUACGGCAUAUAAAUAACUUUAUUAAACAAUUUUCAGAACAUAAUCCAAGUGCUGUCGGUGGUGCUCCGUCCGGGCGGCGACGCCUCGUCGAUCACGCAGCAGGCGGCCGUGGAAUGUGUCGAACAGUGGCUCCAAUUGCCCGGAAUGGCACUCGACUCGUGGACACACGUGCUCUCCGAAGUGCUCACCGCCGUUGUGCACGAUUGGUAAGCUUGGUUUUUCGAUAAUUUUCGCUAGCCUAGUGACGCCUACUGAAAACAGUGACACUAGGCAAGUAUUCGUAAAUGCUUUCCGUUUCAGCACGGCCCUCGCGAGCAUCCUGGACAUAAUCGCGGAGAACGACGAGUUCUGCCGCCACUCGACACUCAUCAUCAGCAUCUGCCAGUACAUUUGUGUGCACGUGUCGGGAAAGAUCGAAGAAGAGUUGAGGGAGGACGCGGCGAGCGAGGAAAUCGCCACUUUGGUCGCCGCCACGUGUUCAGUGGCCGCCAAAAGUGUGGCGACGCUUGUGGAGUGCGCCACGCGCGGCGGAGAUCAGCAACUUAUCGUGUAGGCGGUUUCAGGAUGUUUUUUUUGAAGAUUUGCACUUUAUUUUUGAAUCAAAGAAGAUUCUUGAACACUGAACAUCUGAUAGAAUGUGGCCAACUCGGAUGAUUAGCACAGAACGCUCGAAAAAUGUAAAUACUCAAGUGUUGCUUGAUUUCAGCCGUGUCGCCCAAGUGAUGCAAGUGCUCGCCAACAUUCGGGGACAGUAUCCGCAAGAAGAGUACAUUUCCGACCUGCCCGCCGUCUUUUUCAUCAAUCUCCGCUCCGAAGUGAUGCAGACGAUGGGAUCCAGUGAGAAAGUCGACAAACAGGUUUGCGCAUAACUUUUUCUAUGUUUUAAAAGUGCGUUUUUUUUCUCAGUUUCUGGCUCAAUUGGCUCAAAUCUACGCGCAAGUGCUCGAUUCGGCAAUCGUAAAACUCACGUUUCCGCCGGAAGCCACGUGGAAAACGUGGAAUCUCGAGGAGCAGGAGCAGUUCGAUUCGUAUCGGAAAAUGCGAUCGGAGACCUCCUACGACUCGUAUCACUUUUCCGCCGCGGAGACGUUGAAUUUUCUCAACGAAAAGUUGGAGGAGGCGUUGAAUGUGGGAGAUGUGAAUAGGUACGGUUGGAGGUCGUUCAAUAUUCAAAUUCAAAUUUCGUUUAUUCAUCGCAAAAAAAAAGAAAGAAACACCGUUAAAAGAGGGGAACACCAGAAGGGGCUGCAUGGCUGCAUGCAGAGUUGAGCGGAAGAACUCAACGAAAGAACACGGAAGAAUUUUUUAUCUUUUUUAGAAAAUUUUUUCAUAAAAUGUAAUCAACUGACGAAAUGUAUAGAAAAGUGAACUCUGCUAAUAGAAAAAUAAUUGUAAAUUUAACUUUUCAUACAAAAAAGUUAUUCGAGUUGUUCCGUGUAAAAAGGGGGCCAACGAAUAACUUUUUUGUAUGAAAAGCUAAAUUUACAAAUAUUUUUCUAUGAGCAAAGUUCACUUUGCUCUACAUUUCGUCAGUCAAUCACAUUUCAUGAAAAAAUUUUCUGAAAAAGAUAAAAAUUCUUCCGUGCUCUUCCGUUGAGUUAUUUCGCUCAACUCUGGCUGCAUGGCUGCAUAUGGCUGCAGAUGAAUAGGAAAGGAUAGUGAACAUUAGUUGUGGAGUUAAUAUUUGACAAUUGAGAUAAUAUCUGACAAAUGGAACAUUUUUUGCAGAAGCGAAGCGUGUCUGUACCAGUGGGAAUGCGUGGCGGACUACCUGUCCGAAACCGACUACCCGCCAAUCCUAAAGUGUCUGGAACUGUGCGCCUCCCGUCUCUCACUCCCUUCUUCCACUUCUUCUUCUUCUUCUUCUUCAUCCUCUUCCUCUCCAUCCGCCACGUCAUCACCCUCGAGUAUCUCCGAGGAUGUGUGUCGACGUGGCACCACCCUCAUGCACCUCCUCUACUCGCUCUCCCAUCUCGUUCAGGAGCACGAACAGGCGAAACAGUUGGAGUGCGCCGUCGUGCCCCUCAUUCUGAGCCACGUGGAUGCGAGCAUUCCGUGUGCGCGACGAGCCAUCGACACGCUGCAAAAGUUUGUCGAGGAUCGACCCGAAUCGCUCGAUGUUAGUACGUUGAAACGAAGCAACAAAAAACACUGAAAAAUAUGUUCUCUAUGAUUUUUGACAGUUUAUUCAAAAUUAGAUGACACUAUUCUGUAACUUCUAGGAGCACGUUUCGAUUCAGCAUAACCUAAUGUAUCAUCAGGAUUUUCCAAAGUCUGCUCAAAAGUACUCACAGAGUGCUUGUUAAUAUGCUGCCGAAAAAUGCUGGAAAUGUGCUCAAUCAAUAGCAGUGUAGCCAGGGAAAAACGAUGAUACAUUCGAAUUUCUGCAGAUAAUCGGAGAUCGCAUCUCGACGACGUGCUACGAGUUCUUCAAUGCGACGCGAGCACGAGACUCGGACCGUCUGGCGGCACUGAAAUGCAUCGGAUACGUGCUGUCGCGGCGGACGCCCGCCGAAACGAUGAAAAUAAUCGGACAAAUUCUGUCGCAGCAGAACAUUGACGAGCCGGGAAUCGACGCGCAGACGAGACAUCGACGAUACGCAUUUCAGAUCAACACUUUCGCGGCGCUUUUUGCGAGUGUGACGCCUAAAUCUAAAGGUAGAAUUGAGAGAAACUCUCGAUUUUUAAAUCAACAUUUUUAAAUUCAGACGCUUCGAACGCGGUGCCGGACGAGGAGCCGACAAUAGUGCAAUUGUUGCGCGAGGCGAUUCCGGUAUUCGAGACGCUGUGCGACGCGGACAGUUCCGUGCCCACCUCGGAGGGAAAUCUGAUCCAGGAGGUGUGCAAGGCGGUCCGUUCGGCGCUCAACUCGCUGCCCGACCUCUACCUUUCGCUCUUUUUUCCCUUCGUCGUCUCCCUCCUCAACACCGCUCUUUUCGUACCCGAUUCAGCGGCCGCCGCGUGUGGACUGGCCAAAUCUGUCGCAUUGGUAAGCGUUUCUCGUCUAGAAAAUUCAUGUGUAUGCGCGUAUUUUUCAGCAAUGCGGUCCGCUGGUGGGCGUCGAAAUGGCAAACGCGUUCGCCCAAUGGAUGCGGGCUUUCGAGGAGCGAGUCGAUUCGCCGCAAAUCGACGAAUACCUCCAACUGGUGCAGCAAAUCGUGAAAAAGAGCUGGAAACAGAUUCGGACGUACCACGAACCGUCGAUGAUCGCGCUCCGAUCCGCCAUCAACAUUUGUAGUUAUGUACGUUUUUUUUUUAAAGCAGACCCAGAGGCGAAGAUUGGGUCUGCAUCAGAGUUGAGCGGAAGAACUCAACGGAAGAACACGGAAGAAUUUUUAUCUUUUUUAGAAAAUUUGUUCAUGGAAUGUGAUCAACUGACGAAAUGUAUAGCAAAGUGAACUCUGCUCAUAAAUAAAUAAGUGUAAAUUUAGCCGUUCAUACAAAAAAGUUAUUCGAGUUGUACCGUGAAAAAAGGGCUAACCGAAGACGAAAGGACAUUUUCACGGAACAACUCGAAUAAAUUAUUUUUCAAUUAUUUUUCUAUGAGCAGAGUUCACUUUGCUAUACAUUUCGUCAGUUGAUCACAUUCCAUGAAAAAAUUUUCUAAAAAAGAUAAAAAUUCUUCCGCGUUCUUCCGUUGAGUUCUUCCGCUCAACUCUGGUCUGCAUGUGUCAGUUCUCCCUCUUCGUCGUACUUCACAGGAACAACCUCAGCUCUUUCACUUUUAUUUUCUACUCUUGACGUAUUUCUUUCUCUCUCCCAGUUUAUCUUUCUUGUAGGCAAAAUGAUUGCAGAUAAUUCGGAAUUCGGGCGUGCCGACAGAAGUGCGAACUGCCUCACAGAUCCUCGCCUCGCUGGCGACGCACACGACGCUCCACACGGAUCUGACGCAGAAAUCGGCGUUGGCCGAGGACGGACCCCUCCUCAUUCGCGCCAUUUUCGCACGGAUCCAAUCGGAAUUGAUGCGGCCGACCGUCGAGGCGCUCGCCGAAGUCCUCUUCUUCUACUUUAGAGAAUUCACCACCGAGACGAGGUGAGCAAAAAAAAAACGGAUCACAGCCAGCACACCAUGCCUUCCGACCGGUCUCUCGAGAUCCGUUCUUGCAUCCAUCGUCCAGAGAUUUCUCUCUCUCUCUCUUUCUCUCUCUUUGCUUCCGACGAGUCUCCUUUCCAAUGAAUACAUUUUUGCAGGGCAGUUUUGAACGGAGAACCGUACGGCUCGUCUCAAUUGGUCUCGGCAAUGUUCCGGGAAAUUGGCAAUUUGCGGACGUUCAAACAAACGACGAUCCGCUUCAACAACGCCGCCCUCCGAGAUCCCGGAUCCAUUUGA